AUGCCUCCCACGCGGCGAGAGUUCACAGAUGACGAAGAAAAGCUACUGAUCAAAUAUAUCGCCGCGUACGCUCAUCAAUUCAAUGGUCGUAUGGGGAAUGAGUUGUUCAAACAUCUCACCGACAACAGAAAGCGCAACCUCGUCGCGGAUCAGCCGGAGAACGGAAAGCGCAAACGCAAACGUGAGGAGGACGAGGACUCUGGAUCGAAGAAGAAAAAGAGGGUGCGGACUGUACCUGCUAAGAGGGGUGAAGAUGGACAUGGGCAUGGGCAUGGCGAUGACGGCGUGGAGGAAGGGGCUGAUGGCGUGGAGGAAGGAGCUCAAUCUAAGCGCCCAAGCACUGCACCCAGAAAAGCCUUCUCUGAAGUAGAUGACAAACUGCUCAUCAAGUUCAUCGCCCUCAAUAUCCCUUCAGAGGGUGGACGAUUGGGAAAUAAGCCAUAUCAGAUGUUGACGGAAAAUCCCUAUGACGAUUCUCAGGACAGUACGAACUCAUCUCACCAUAAAAGGAAGAAAGGCCCCAGGGAUGGAGGCCUCCAGGAUGUACCAGCGCUGAAGGCUAGCAAUGGACCUGAGGUUACUACUCAAAAUGAGAAAGGCAAGGCUCGCGAGAAGCCUCUGACGGCUACAAAGGCAGGGAACACUGUUCCCGCUUCGACCGAUAAUCCUGCCGAGGAGACCCCCCAGCAUCACGGUGCUGGCGAAUCUAAUGGUGAUGAUUUUAUCCCAAGAUCAUCGAAUCCCAUUCAAAGCCCCGCUGCGACAUCGUCGAUUCUGUCUCAACCUUCCAACCCUCCGGGAAGCUCGGCCGUCGGAUAUGGAUUACGGCCUACGAAGGCCGUAGCGUCACGCACCAUCCACACUCCCACUAGGACAGGGGGUGCUACGCCGCGGGCUGCUGGGUCCUCGAAAGUCCCACGAUCUACUCCUCAAACGCCCAGUGGACGCAAUCCUCCCUCAGCCUCAACAAGCGAUACAACCUACGACCUCACAACGCCCCUCCAGCAGCGUCCCCAAAUAGACCAUGCGAGGCCUACUCCGAAAGUGGAUGGCCCUGAUAGUAUUGUGGAAGACGGAGACCAUGGUACCACAGAAAUCGCUCCGGAACCACAACGCAUAGAUAUGGCAUCGCUGCCUAGCCCAUCCUCACACGUGCAACCGCUUCCAAUAUUACCCUCUCCCCAAAGGGCGCCUAAGCGACGAAAAGUGGUUCAAGCUAUGGACGACGACAUCUUCAAAUCCUUGCCACCUUCUCCUCAGCCUGACUUUACUUCCCCUCGCCCUGUUCCCACAAUCCCUCAAAAGCAGCGCGCGUUGCCUGUACUCGAACAAGGACCGUAUGUGAGCGCUUACACGACUAUUCAGGGUGACUCGAGGCUUUCACCUAGUGGUCGACGACAAAGUGGCGUGGAGGACGACGUUACCAAGACCGUCUGGCCACCCAAACGAGGCGCUACAAAUCGAAAGGCAACCCUACCCAAACACCAAGGGAGCUUUGAGAAACCAUCCCACCUUUCCAUACCUGCCCCACAUCCGAUGUUUGAUAACGAUCCACACCGCUCACAUGGAUCACCCACGCCUUUGCCUCUUGAGGCGAGCCUGAAAUCCAAUAAAGCUGCCUUGGUGCAACCACCGUCCCUUCCGGAUCGUACCGACACCGCCUUGCCAGGCUCUACAGAUCAUUUUCCCUUGCAGCGCAAUCGUAAAUCGACGUCUCCGGUCCAAUCCUCGCCUUUGACCAACGGCUCGGACCAACGCAGAUCUACCGCUCAGCCGAAUGCCGUCGCAACUUCCUCCAGAGUUCAAUUGACUCCUGAAAGAUCGAAACACCCAGUCGAUUCUAGACGUUCUGAACAUCCCAUACCAGCAGUUCCCGACCCGAAGCCGUCGAAUUCACCAGCUCCCCUAAGGGCGUCGCCUGCUCCCGCGUUCAAAUUCCCGAUGUCUCGUACAACCGACCCUCGACGCAAAUUGUUCCAGAAGAUGCCGAAGCCUGUCAACGCGAUCCCUACUAGGGUAGCCGAGGACGUGAAAAAUACCCGCCGGCGGACAUUGGCUGGUUUCCCAGAGGAGGUUCCUCACCUUGAUCUUCUCUCUGCUACCAAACAUCUGCGAGGUCAUAUGCUUGAUCAUGAUCGCCGACAGUCAUUGCCUCCAUCCUCCAUUCGGUCUGCCUCUCGCCAGUCAACGCUCCCAGAAGUUGUCUAUGAGCAUACCCUCCAUCGCACAUCCUCCAUCACAUCAGCAAAUACUGAUUACUGGAGCUCAUGUCCCCGUCGGCAGUACAAUCCGAUCUCUCCGUCACGGCAUUCUCCAACGUCGGCGUCGGUUUCGGCUGUCUCGCAGUUGCCGGAAUCAGAAAGACGAUUGACGAUGGAGCUUGGAGCCCAGGUGGUGCUUCAGCGUAUGGCAGAAAAUCAUGGCCUCCAAGAGAAGCUGGUUCGAGAUAUCUGGGAGCGCACGAACAGCUUUGAAAAGACGGAUAAAGUCUGUCGGCAGAUGCAUUUAGCCAUGCGACGUGCAUAUGAAGAGGCCUGUGCUGAGCUAGCACCGUCAGAUGAGGAUGAAGAUGAGGGUAGCGACAAGGACUGGGACGACCACCGCGGGGAAGUUAUCCCUCUGUCGCGUUCAUCUGCAGAACAUACGGCAACUCGCUCGCCAAAGCAGCCGAUUCAAGCAUCUAACGGCCUGAAAUACAUCCCAUCUCCUGCAGACGCGGUUCCAGAGCACAUGACGCCGGCUCUACACACCCGCGCAGCUCAGUUUGUACGUCUUGAGCGACAAGGAAGAGUGGACGAGGCAAAGAAGCGGGAGGGGCGAAGGGCGAGCUACGGAGGCAGUAAGCGUGUCGAAGACAGCCCUCAGAAGCAGUCGUUCACUCAACCGCAAGAUGACGAAGGGGAUAAACUAGAUGACGAGGGGGAUAAACUUGAUGACGAGGGGGAUGAAUUCGAUGACGAGGAUAUGUAUCUCAAUGAAGAAGAUAUUGAAGCUGGGCCAGCAGUCGAGGACGAGGACGAAGACGAGGGCGAGGGCAAGGGCAAGGAUCAGGGCGCAGGCAAGGAUGGAGAUGAGGAUGAGGUCGAGAUUACCAAAGAACGCAUAGACCUUGAGAAGACAGGCGAAGGCGAGGUUGCAGAAGAGAGUGUGAUCGAUCCUGGAGAAUGGAUGGAGGAGACAGGCGGAAUCGACGAGGAUGAGUUGGACGAAGAAUUCAUCGAAGAGGUUGCUAUGGAUGAAGACUUGCUUGUUGAGGAAGGUUUACAGGAAGACCUAGAUCCCGCGGAACUGGAGCAAGGUAGCCCUGAGGAGCCGAUGGACGACACAGGCGACGUCGACGAUGAAUCGUUGGGUGAGAUAGCAAUUGUCAACGAGGAUGCUGUGGCUGAAGAAGAUGCCUUGGAUGAAGAUGUCGUUGAGAAGGAUGUCCCGCAAGUAUCGAAUCCCGCGGAACCGGAGCAAGACGAUCUCGACACUGUUGACGUCGAUGAAUCAGCUAUAAAAGUCGUCGUGGACUCAGACGAAGACUAUGAGGAGCAGGCAGACUUUUUACCCAGGCCCCCUUCUCCGCGUGCCCCAGUGAGCCCGAGUUCGUGGGGUUCCUACGAGGACAAGCUUCUGGUGGAUGGUGAUGAGGACGCCCUCGAUGAUCUUGAGGCGAAGAUGGGUCCAGGUUCUGUCAAGAUACGAACUGCCUGGCUAUAUAGCCAAUUUCUUUUCACCGCGUCUUAAGAAAAUCUAUAUCAUAGACUUCUUUCGUGGUGCAAAUCAUAAUUGAAUAUAUAGUCUUCGCACUGCGAAACGUGAUUCUUUUUUAUACAUACAGCUGAAGUAUUUUAGAGCUACUGACGAGAAACACGGACCACAAUCUUUCCGAAGUGUCCUCCACUAGCCAAAUACUCCAGAGCCGAGGGUGCCUCCUCAAACGAGAACACCUUGUCGAUAUAAGGCCUUAACUGCUUGACCUCGACGAAGCGCAACAGGUCGUGAUGCAACUGCUUAGAGCCCACAUUGAUUCCCCU